AUGAAAGACGUUCCCUUCUUGUUCCCAGGUUUCAAGAGAAGCUCGUCCCCAGAGUCAGGCCCGUCCCGGUCUGUGAUUGGUCCAGCCCUGCCCCCUGGGUUCAGCAAGUCAGAGGUCAGUGCCCUGGAGGAUGCUGCAGUGCCUGCUGGGUACAGUGAUGAUGAUGAGGAUGAGGAUGAGAUGAUAGGACCGAUGCUGCCCCCAUCAGGACCGGCCGUGGGGCUGUCGGUGGCUCAGGAGUUCGAGAAGAGAUCUCAGGCCAUGAAGGACAAACUGGAGGGCAAGAACCAGGUCUCCGUCGUUACGGAGCGGGAGGAGUGGAUGCUGGAGUUGCCCCCGGAGAUGAAGAGUUUCGGGAUGGGACCGCGGACGUUCCGGCGCACGGCGGCUCCGGAGAUGGGCGACCGUUCGGUCUGGACGGACACGCCCGCCGACAAGGCCAGGAAGGCUGCGAAAGGGAAAGAUGAUCCCAAGCAGAAGCCAGUUAAGCCGGAGGAUCUGGCUGCAGCGGAGCGCGAUAUCCGGUUACGCGAACAGAUAUCUGCAUACAACAUAAACCAGAAGGAAGAAGGGGACGAGCCUAAGGAAAGGCGACCUUUCGACCGUGACCUUGACCUCGGUGCAGGUCAGAUGGACGCUGCCAAGAGACGACAGCUCAUCAAGAACUCACGACAACUCAACGACAGGUUCUCCAGCGGGGGGACACAGUUCCUCUAGUGGCUGGGCAGGGAACUGCAGUUUUCUGUGGCCAAGAUCCUCUAGCUG